GAAAAAAGGCCACCAAAUUCUGCAAUGUCUCAUAUUUGCAAGGAAAUGUCACAUUGCGCAGCCAUGAGAUUUCUUCUCUGCCAUCUCUUGUGUAUAUCUGUCCUCUACUUGGCAGAAUGCUCGACUAUCGAUGGGCAGAAUCGAGCUAAGAGACAGAUGGCUGAUUUGCCGAAUCCAUUCUCGACAAGAGGUCGUAGACCAUUUCCACGUCGUUACGGUGAUUAUGGAAUCGCAAAAUUCUUUUUCAAAACGGAGAAUUCUACGGUCAAAAUGCAUUCAUUACUUUUCGCCUAUAUUCUUCUCAAUCUAGCUGUACCUGUUACUACUUCUCCCGUUGGUACUUCGGAGAACAAAAAUGUGUUCAACGAGAUAAGAGACGAAUACAAUGUUAAUAAAAAGUGCGCUGAGGAAGACGAUCCUCAUAUUGGCAGGCAUGACAUCGUUGAUACAGUUGAUCGUGGAUUCUCUUCAUAUUUUCCACGCGUUGGCAUUCUAAAGCUAAUGAAGGAAAAAUUGGAAUACUAA